AUGCAUCCGCAACUAAGUUUCGAACGCAGCUCCGUGCUUGCUCUCGGCCUGGUUGCUGUUGCACCUCUUGUCGCCGCUGGGCCCUGCGACAUCUACUCCUCCGGCGGCACACCCUGCGUCGCGGCACACAGCACCACCCGGGCCUUGUACGACGCCUAUACCGGCUCCCUUUAUCAGGUAAAACGCGGCUCCGACGGUGCCACGACCAACAUUGCGCCGCGAUCUACCGGUGGUGUUGCCGAUGCUGCUGCCCAAGACUCGUUCUGCGCUGGCACGACCUGUCUCAUCACCAUCAUUUACGACCAGUCCGGCAAAGGCAAUCAUCUUACCCAGGCUCCUUCUGGCGCUUUCCACGGCCCAGAUGUUGAUGGCAAGGAUAACUUGGCCAGCGCGAUUGGCGCACCGGUCACGCUGAACGGUCAGAAGGCCUACGGUGUCUUCAUCUCGCCCGGCACCGGCUACAGGAACAAUGCCGCUAGCGGCACCGCUACGGGAGAUGCGGCGGAGGGCAUGUACGCUGUGCUUGAUGGCACUCAUUAUAACGGCGACUGCUGCUUCGACUAUGGCAAUGCCGAGAUCAGCAAUACCGAUACGGGCAACGGCCAUAUGGAGGCCAUCUACUUUGGAGACAGCACCGUGUGGGGUUCCGGCUCCGGCUCCGGCCCCUGGGUCAUGGCCGAUCUGGAGAACGGCUUGUUCUCCGGCUCUGACCCUAAACAAAACACCCAGGAUCCUUCAAUCUCCUAUCGAUUUCUCACUGCGGCUGUGAAGGGGAAGCCAAACCAGUGGGCAAUCCGUGGUGGCAAUGCUGUGGCCAACUCGUUGUCGACAUACUAUAGCGGCGCGCGUCCAACCGUGUCUGGCUAUAACCCGAUGAGCAAAGAAGGAGCCAUCAUUCUCGGCAUUGGUGGCGAUAACAGCCAUGGCUCACAGGGCACCUUCUACGAGGGCGCGAUGACCUCUGGCUACCCAUCCGAUGCCACUGAGAACUCGGUGCAGGCAAACAUUGUAGCCGCCAAGUACGCCACGACGUCAUUGACCAGUGGCCCGGGUCUCACUGUUGGUUCCUCUGUCUCUCUGAGAGCCACCUCAAGUUGCUGCACGACACGUUACAUUACACACUCUGGCUCCUCAGUCAACACUACGGUGGUCUCAUCAUCUAGCUCUACCGCCCUCAAAAAGCAGGCCAGCUGGACGGUCCGUACCGGCCUAGCCUUUAGCGGAUGCUUCUCUUUCGAAUCAAACGACACCCCCGGCAGCUUCCUGCGACACUAUGCCUUCCAGCUUCAGCUCGACGCCAACGACGGGAGCAAGCAAUUCCAUGAAGAUGCUACGUUCUGCACCCAGGCUGGUCUUAAUGGUCAGGGCAACAGUGUCCGAUCCUGGAGCUAUCCCGCCCGUUACUUCCGCCACUACAACGAUGUACUCUACAUCGCGAGCAAUGGCGGCGUUCAUACAUUCGAUGCUACUGCGUUAUUUAACGACGACGCGAGCUUUGUGAUCGGCGCUGGCUUCGCUUGA